AUGAAAAAACUGAUGUCUUUAAGCCAAAAGCUCUGUCCGGGAUCACGGGCAGACCUAGACCUGGACCUGAAGAAGCCGGCUGGAGCCUGCGAUGUUCCAGACCGGCUGGAGCCUGCGAUGUUCGAAAAGAUGAUCAUGAGGAGGGAGAUUUCUCUCACUAACGGCAUCUGCUUAAUUGUGGGCAACAUGAUUGGCUCAGGUAUUUUUGUGUCGCCCAAGGGUGUGUUGAUGUACAGUGCCUCCUACGGCCUUUCGCUGGUCAUCUGGGCUCUCGGGGGGAUGUUUUCCGUUUUCGGCGCACUGUGUUACGCAGAACUUGGAACCACUAUCGCAAAGUCUGGUGCUAGUUACGUGUACAUCCUGGAGGCCUUCGGGGGUUUCCUUGCUUUCAUUCGCCUGUGGACGUCCAUCCUGCUGGUCGAGCCGGCCAGCCAAGCGGUCAUCUCGCUGACGUUUGCCAACUACCUGGUGGAAGCGCUCUACCCGACCUGUCAGCCUCCGUACGAUGCUGUGAGACUGAUAGCAGCGGCUUGUCUCUGUGUUCUGAUCUUCAUAAACUGUGCUUAUGUGAAGUGGGGCACUUUGGUUCAAGAUAUUUUCACAUACACCAAGAUCAUGUCUCUGCUCCUCGUCAUCACAGUGGGCAUCGCUAAGAUAAUUAACGGAGAAACAAAGAACUUCAAUAGUCCAUUCGAGGGUUCCUCCACAGAGGCGGGCAGCAUUGCCCUGGCUCUUUAUUCAGCUCUGUUCUCUUACUCCGGCUGGGACACGCUCAACUUUGUUACUGAGGAGAUCAAGAACCCUGAGAGAAACCUUCCCAUCGCUAUAGCCGUCUCCAUGCCAGUAGUGACGAUCGUCUACCUACUGACCAACGUGGCAUACUACGCCGUCCUGGACAUGCCUUCUUUCAUGGAUAGUGAUGCGGUGGCUGUAACAUUUGGAAAUCAGGUGCUGGGCCCCAUUAGCUGGAUCGUCCCAAUCUCUGUGGCCAUGUCUUGCUACGGAGGACUCAAUGCCUCCAUCAUUUCCGCCUCCAGGUUAUUUUUUGUGGGGGCGAGAGAAGGCCACCUUCCGAACUGUUUAGGUCUGAUCCACGCUGAGCGUUACACUCCUGUUCCUGCACUCCUCUUCAACGGUGUGAUGGGUCUCAUCUUCCUGUGUGUGGAGGACGUGUUUCAACUCAUAAACUACUUCAGCUUCAGUUACUGGCUGUAUGUGGGUCUGUCAGUGGCCGGACUCAUUUACCUGCGAAUCACUCAGCCUGACAGACACAGGCCGGUCAAGCUCACAUUGUUGUUUCCCUUCAUCUACUGCCUGUGCAGUGUGUUCCUCGUGAUCGUUCCUCUGUACAGCGACACCGUUAACUCUCUCAUAGGAAUUUUCAUCUCACUGUCUGGAGUGCCAGUUUAUUACCUGUGUGUCUACCUGCCCAAAGAGAAACGACCAAAAUGGUUUGGUAAACUGAAUGAUUCUGUCACCAAAUACACUCAGAUCAUGUGCUGCUGCUGCUUAACUGACUUGGAUGAGGACCCAGAGAAGUUGGCAGAACCGAAGACCCAAUAACUCUUUCAAGAGGACGUGCCUGGAGCAUGGAUUCCAUCCCUGAGAAAAAAAAAAGACACUGUUUGUCAAAAACACAUACCUCAUGGAUUUAUAAACUUCUAGUACAUGCAAUUGCGAAGAUAUCCAAGAUAUCCAAAAUAGCUCAGUCUAACUGAAAAGCUAGGUACUGUGUGCUGUUUAUCAUACUGGUGUGUUUCAUCCCUUUUCGCCAUGUUUUUAUUUCAUUUAUUCUGUCAAGGGCUGAAUGACGGUUUCCUUGUUGAUCAUCGACAUGAAGAGGAUUCUGCUUAAAGAUACUAAUACUAGAUAACACGUUGAACUCAUGUUUAGUGUUAUGCUUGGAAAGAAAAACAGGUCCAAGAAGCUGAAUGCACAGAGAUUUUGGGACUAUGGUAAAGACUCAUGGGACGUUCUUUUUUUGUACUGCUUGUCAGAUGCAGUAAAAACUGAAGAAUUUUCAAUACUGAAAAUUGAAAAGCAACUGCGUCAUUUUGAUAUUAGUGCACUUUCUUUGUGUAUGAUAACUACACUUAGUGUAUUUGAUGUCCUUUGUUCAUUUGGCGAAAGAAAAUAGGAAGUAUGACUUAGGCAUCACUGAAUAUGUCUGGAGUUCUUAGAAAGUUAUGAGCUUUGAUUUGCUUUUCUGCCUUUACAGAUGUUAUUUGAACACAUUAAAUAUAUUAAUAGAUAACGCUGGGUCGAUCUGGAAUACGUUGAGGUUGAUGGGUCAUGACUUGGGGAAUUUUCCAGAUGGCUGAAGCUAAAAAUAGAGAAAACUAUGGGCGUCUGGGAGCUCCAGUGUCAGAUGUCCUGGUGUUGAUUGUGAGAGAUGCGUUUAGCCUGUGACGCACAACACGAGACAAUCCAACAAGAAUCACUGCAUCUCAUUUCCAUCCGUCUCACACCUCUGUCAAUGUAUGUCCAACUUUUAUGUAUUUACUUGCUCUUCUUGUUUUGUUGUUUUUGUGGUUGUUGGUUUUUGGUUUCAUACAAGGAAUGAAAUAAAAUGAAAUAAUAGGAUGUGUCAUAA